AGGGAGAUGGGUGGGGACUGUCUUUCAUUUCCAUAAAACUUGGUGAGGAACCAAAAGUUGUGGGAGAUUUUGCAUCAGGACCGCACGGGGCGUCAGUGACUGGAGAGGCUCUGGGAACACCUCCAAACCAUUUUUCCACUGCCUGUGGAACACACGGUAGGGGCUAGUUCAUUUUAUUUUUUUAAAAACUAUUUGAUUUUAUUGUGGGGUUUUUCUGGGGGGACUUUUUUUGGAGGGGCUUUUUCUUCCUCUAUCCUAAUAUUAGAACCUGGGAUCACCCAGUGAGAGAGAUUUCCUGGCAGAUCAGGGGCAGAUCAGAACAAGUCCUUCUGGGCACAGGGCGUGAGAAACUGGUGGAACUCCCUGCCACAAGAUAGGUGGUGCUUAGGGAGGAGAAGAAAUCCAAUUUGAUUAGGAUUUUAACGUGUGCCUACCUAAUUCGCUCUUUCCGAAACUAUGCAGGAACGCCAAAACACAGCAGGUAGCUCAAAUUUUUUAUAUUUUGAUUUUAUGUUGUAACCGCCCUGAGAACUGUGGUUAUAGGGGUGGUAUACAAAUUUAAUGGAUAAAAAUAAAAAGCCCACUUCCCCAAAAUUUUGCAAUGCAGUUUCCCAACCAAAGGAUGUUUACAAAAAUGCAUACAUUAGGGAGAAAUGUGCUUAAAAAGGAAUGUAUUAGUGGAACAAAAAGACGAAGAUGCAUUAUAUUUGGAGAACUUGCUUGGGAAAAAAAACCCCAUGUACGUUAGUCAAAACCGCAAACAAGAAUGUGUUUAUUAGGAGAGGUUCUCCCUAAAAUGCUGCUGAAUUUUCAUUACGGUUUUUUUUUUUAAAAAAUAACAAUAGUCAAAAAUCACUAUAGAAAUGUGGAGAAGAUGUUUCAAGACUGGGAAAACGAGAAAUAGCGAAGGCCAAAAUAGACAGAUUCUUUCAUCCCCUACCCACCUCGCAGGGUGGUUGUGAGAUAACACAGAGGAGGAGACAUCCUGUAGAGCCUGCCUAGAAUAAAGGCAGGAGCAAAACAAGGUAGCAAUUAUAGCCCAGGUGAUAAAAUGAAACCUCCAGGGUUAAGAGCAGUGUACCUCGAAAUACCAGCUGCUGAGGAAAAUAACAGGUGGAGAGGGCUAGAGCCUGCCUGCCUUGGUCGCAGGCUUCCUGGAGGCCUGAUCUGACUGAUCACUGUAAGUAAUCAGGAUGUUGGAGUAGAUGGGUUUUUUGGUCUGCUCCAGCAGCAAUCUUCAUGGGAUCUUUAUAAUCCCCAAGGUAGUCCAGUGGUUUUUUUUUUUUUAAAUGAUACUCUAUUUACAACUAGCAAAACUGACGGGAAGAGUUAGAGGAGUAUUGAACCAGAAAAUGUUUGGAGAAUGGAGAAUAUUUAAGGAUUAUAUAAGAUAAUAUUGUACCAACCGCACCACAUGAGCAGAAUUUGAGUGAUACUUGUAAACACAACAAAUCCCAUUUGUGGAAUAGACAGGAACAAUAUUAAAUAAUAUAAAACUGUGUGGAAAAAACGACAGUAUAAACAGUACAAUGAGAAUGAUUGGAAGACUCGUUUUGUCAGAAGUCUUUUUUAUUUAAGUGUUUAUUUAAGUAUUAAUUAGGAAGAUUAAGUUUUUUUAUGCACAUAAAUCUGAUUUUUCUUUCUUUUUUCUAUAUUUUCUUCUCUUUUUUCUUAAUUGUUUUUUCUUUAAUUUUCUUUUUGUAGAAUGAGAUUGUAAAUUCUUUGUGUAUGUGUGUAAUUUAAAUUAAUAAAGAUUUUUUUUUUAAAAAAAGUUUGCUAUUCUAAUGCUUAUUUCUGGGAAUGAAGGGGUAAAGUCCCACAGUACCUGCCUGGACCAAAAUAAACUUGCAAUCUCCACCCACAUAGUGGUGGUUGUUGUUUUUUUACUAAACAAACAUUUGGCAGGAGAAUCUCCUGCCAGCAGAGCGAUACCAGGAUGAUCUUGCUGAACCACUGCCUGCAAUCCACCUGCCAGGUGGGAAGAGACAAGACACCUUCCUCUGACACAGAGAACAGAGCAAGACGGAGCCUGCAAGGCUUCAGAGCAGCAGGGAGAGGAGUUGGCGACAGAAUUCGGAGUCAGGCAUUGGUCCAUCUAGCUCAGUAUUGUCUAAACUAACCGGCAACACAUCUCCAGGCUGCCAGGCAGGGAUUUUCCCCUGCCUUACCUGGAGAAGCCAGGGAUUGAACCUUCUGCACGCAAAGCAGAUGCACUGUCCGUGAGCUGCAGCUCUUCUUAAUCAAAUACCCUUUUUGGAGAGGUACAACCCUUGGGAUGCAGGUGGCGCUGUGGGAUGCAGGUGGCGCUGUGGGUUAAACCACAGAGCCUAGGACUUGCCGAUCAGAAGGUCGGCAGUUCGAAUCCCCGCGAUGGGGUGAGCUCCCGUUGCUCGGUCCCUGCUCCUGCCAACCUAGCAGUUCGAAAGCACAUCCAAGUGCAAGUAGAUAAAUAGGUACCACUCUGGCGGGAAGGUAAACGGUGUUUCCGUAUGCUGCUCUGGUUCUCCAGAAGCGGCUUAGUCAUGCUGGCCACAUGACCCGGAAGCUGUACGCCGGCUCCCUCGGCCAGUAAAGCGAGAUGAGCGCCGCAACCCCAGAGUCGUCCGCGACUGGACCUAAUGGUCAGGGGUCCCUUUACCUAACCCUUGGUUUGUGGAAGAGAGAGGUGGGAGCGCAGCUCUAAUCGCGCCCUCUUUGAAGAAGCAUAAUUCCACCUUGCAAGGUGAAAGAUUUGGCAGUGCUUGCGAGAGAUACCUAAGCCACUCCCGGAGGGUGCCAAUCAUCUCAGCGAACUGAGCGACGCCGAUGAUAAGAAAGUGAGCAACCACUGCCCGGGGGCUGGGUGUCGGCCUUGGGAGUCUGGCUGAGAGCUGCUCCCUCCAGAGACCUUGGGGGAAGCAAACUCCUGCCAAGCUCUCAGCCUGGGAAGAUACUGCGACUGGGCGAGGUUCCAAAGCCCCGCAACCUUGAGAAGCUGAGGGAGCAUCUCUGCUGACGGGGCAACACCUUCACGCCUGCCGUAGCCAGAGGCCUGGAUGCAGAGACCAAGAUGCAGCUGCGAGUCACUGGCUCAUAGCUCAUAGAUAGCCAGUGUGGUGUAGUGGUUAAGAGCGGUAGUCUCCUAAUCUGGUGAACUGGGUUCGCUUCCCCGCUCCUCCACAUGCAGCUGUUGGGUGACCUUGGGCCAGUCACACUUCUUUGAAGUCUCUCAGCCCCACUCACCUCACAGAGUGUUUGUUGUGGGGGAGGAAGGGAAAGGAGAAUGUUAGCCGCUUUGAGACUCCUUAAAGGGAGUGAAAGGCGGGAUAUCAAAUCCAAACUCUUCAUCCAAGCCACUGGGAUCCUUUUCCCCCCCAAAAAAGUUUUUUUAUUCUUUUUAUAAUACAACUAAACAACACAAACAGAAAAACAAAAAAUACAAACAGAUUCUUGUCUUAUCCUUAUUUUUUCUUAAAAUUGUUAGGUGAGCUUCCCCAAGUCCCCCCCUAUCUGAUUUUCAUUUUACCUCAUCAUUUUACCUUAGCAGUUUACAUAUAUCAUAAUUUUUAACCAUUUUUUUUUAAUCACGCUUACUUUUACAAUAAAAAUCUUCACAUUUUAUCACUUACAAAUAAUAAGUGAUAAAAAAGGUUCCUUUUUUGCACUUAAUUUAUUUAUUAUUAAUGUUGCAAUACAUAUAUGAAAUAUUUACAUAUUGAUACAUAUACAUUAUAUUCGUAAAUUCACAUUUUCACAUUUCAUUAUGCACCAACAUUUAUCCAUUUCUUAUUUCUUGCCCUGUGUCUUCCGUCCACCUGUGCGUGACUUCCUUGUUAUUAUUAUGUAACUAUUAUUGAGAUUGUAAUUUUGUGUCUUAAUAAUUAAACAUUCAAUCUUAUAUAUCUGCUUAGAUUAGUUUAGCUUAACUUAACUUAACUUUGUGAAAUCAGUCUAUACAUAUCAAUAAAUUAUUGUUGGAGCAUCUUUUGGUCAUGUAUUCUUCUACACAUAUCCAUUCCUGUUUGAGAUUUUGAUUUGAUUGCAUUCUAAUUGUUGCCGUCAUUUUUGAAUGAAUUAGCAAAACCGAGGUUGUUGGGUUCCUUAUGCCUUUGAAGACCAGUUGCCCAGGGCUUCUCUCUGGCAUCUGGUCGGCCACUGUGACAACAGGAUGCAGGACUCGAUGGGCCAUUGGCCUGAUCCAGAACCCUCUUCUUAUGCUAUCAUAGGAAUGGCAUAUUUCAAGAAGUCAAAAUGUGGACACAAAAAGUUGUUGAGUUUUUUUUUAGGGCAAUUGCCCAGUCGCCCCUCUGCCAUGCCAGAGCCAGUGAGCCCAAAUCACCCGAGCUUGAACCAGAACCACCAGCACACUUUAAAAAAAAAACAACAACCCCAAAAUCCAGGACAUUUGCUUUAAAAUGUAAAAUUGCCCCCAGAUGGGCAUGAAGGACUCCCAAGAGAGGACAUGUCCAGGAAUUCCCAGACCUAUGGCAACCCUAUGAGCUAUCAUUUAGAGCUGGAAGCGGCAGCUGAUGUCCAUAGAGACUUGUGGGGCAGAAUAUAAUAAUAAUAAUUUAUUAUUUAUACCCUGCCCACCUGGCUGGGUUUCCCCAGGGAGCCCAAACCAGAGGUAGAGACAGAGCCCAUGACAGGCAGAGGCAACUAUUUCUAGUUUCGCCUCCAUCCUCUUCCCUGCUGAGCUCAACAAGGACAACAUUGAGACUGAAGAUGCAGAUAUUGUUAUCCUGCCAUCUUCCUGCUUUUAGGCUUGUUUAUAUGGAAACAUUUGGAAUGAUUAAGGAUGGAUUUUUGCAAUUUUGCAUUAACCUGCUUUUGAAUUUUUUGCUUUGAUUGUUUCCUUCUUGCAUUAUCAACAAGUUAUUGUGCACUGGAUAUUCUUGGCGCUUCCAGAUAGAUGUGUUUCUUUUGUGAGAUGAGCUCUCCUCAAGCAAGCAAUUUCUUUUGCAGUCCCCAUAGUUUAUCAGCUGCAAAUCCACAGUGUGUAUUUCACUCACCCACACAUUUAAUCCGGAUUUACCUUCCCAUGGGAAAUCCAAUAAGUGUGGUUCCAUCUGAGGGCUUAAUUUUGCAAAUGGGUCACCGAGAUAUCACGAAUGGCUCACUGGUAGCAGGUUUUCUUUCAUUUAUUGUAGUUUCCCUGGAAAAGAUAAAUCUGGGUUAAGUGGAUGGCAGAUACAGGGCAGCAUUUUGAAGAUGAUAAUCUGUGGCUGGCAGGGAGGGACAAAUCUGUCAAUUACGGACCCUCGUUUUUCCAAACUUAAUUCAGUUCUCCCCCUUUCGGCAUCAGUUUGCGAUUAAUAUUAUUAUAAUUUCUCAUACAAGUGUAUCACCAUGUCAGGGUGCAUUUCUCUCUUGAAUCUAUUUUCAACUGCAUAUGAAUACUUCUCCAGUUUUUCAUCUUCCUGAAUCAUCUGUACUUUCUACUACAAGUGUGUUUAAAAUCCUGCUAAUGUUUUGACCUGUUUACAAUGACUUUCUAUAUACAUUAUAAACAUUUCCCAUUUUUUAAAAAAAAUUCUUGUCUUCUUGGUUCCUAAGCUUCCCGGUUAAUUUUGCCAUUUUGGCAGAGUCCAUCAAUUUGAUUUGCCCUUCUUCUCUGGUUGGGGUUGUCUCUUCCUUCCAUCUCUGGACUAGCAGCAUCCGUUGUAGCAUACAUGAACCGUUUUCUUUCGUAGUAUCACCCCACUUUCAACAGCCUUGGCUUUCCCCAAGAAAUCCUGGGAACUGUGGCUUGUUAAGGGUGCUGACGGAUGUUAGGAGACCCCUAUUCCCCUCAUGGAACUACAAUUCCCAGAGUAGUUUAACAACCAGCCCGUCUUCCCAGGAAACUUUGGGAAUUGCUGCUCUCAUGAAGGGAACAGGAGUCUCAUAACCCCCUGCUGGUGAGGCUUACUGACCUCCCAGUAAAGCAAAAAUUCAAUCUUCUCGUUAGGCAAAGACCACAAGACGACUAGGAUCGUCGCCAGAUUCUGUGCACAGAUGUGUAGGUGCAGACCAUCCCGAUUCAAUGUAUUUUGUUAAGAAAAUUCCCAAACCCGGAUCCACGGGCGACUUUGGGUCAUUUCUCUAAGGUAGUCUAUUUUAAAGUUUUUAUGUGUUUAUAUGCCUAUCACACUUUCAAACUUAAAAUCUAUUGUUGUAUAUUGUUUUAAAUGUUUGUUUUGCUAUUGGGAUUGUGGUUCCAUUUGUGUUUCUCAAGCUGGUCUCUCACCGUAAUAAAUUUCAUGCUCAUAGGGUCUCAUAACAACUUUCAGCACCCUUAACAAAUGACACUUCCCAGGAUUGCUUGUGGGAAGCCAGGGCUGUUUAAACUGGUGCGAUGCUAGAACUCAGCAGGGAGAAGGAGGAUGGAGACAAAGCUAGAACAGGUUGGCCCUGCCCACCAUGCACUCUAGCGCCACCUGCUGAUGGGCUCCUUGAAGUCUGCCCAACCAGUCUCAGUGGGAACCAGCUACAACUGGUGCCACCCCAAUGGGCCCUCUCAUGACCCAGUAGCUGGUGCUUAUAGCCCACAACUAAAAUAUUCUCCUCCCGUCUCUCCCAUUUAGGGGAAUUAUCAUGAAGCUGUUGUUGGGCAUUUCCGCCCUGGCUUUCCUGAUGCAGGCAGCCACUCCUCUGAAGAUCUGCGCGUUCAACAUCCAGAGCUUUGGAGACAGCAAACUGUCUAAUGAGGGGAUCUCGGAAAUUAUUGUGAAGGUGAGAACGGGGCUUUGCAAGGAUAGAAUCCCCAACAUGAGAGACCCAAUACCAGCCCGACUGCAGCAGACAGGUUUGGGAAGAAGGAAAAUCUGGGUCCUCUGGCGGAGCUCUGAGUGAUGGGCAGGUAGAUGGGCAGGGAUUCCUGACUCUCACUUGUACAAGAAUAGCAGCAACAAAAUGGCUUCCUCCCCAUCGUCCAAAAACAGACUGCUGAAAUGAAGGAAGGAUGGGGUAACCAGGAAUGGAUUUUCCUGAAGAAGGACUGUGAGCUCAAAACAAAUAAUGGUAUCAAAUUGUAGAAUCAUGCAGGAAUCUCCACGAUAGAUGGUUAUCCAACCUCUGCUUAAUAACCUCCACAACCUCCCUAGGGAGUCCGUUCCACUGUCCACCAGCUCUCAUGUUUAGGGAAGCUUUUAAUGUUUGAUGUAUUACAGUAUUUUAAUAUUUUUUUGGAAGCUGCCCAGAAUGGCUGGGGAAGCCCAGCCAGAUAGGCGGGGUAUGAAUAAUAAAUUAUUAUUAUUAUUAUUAUUAUUAUUAUUAUUAUUAUUAUUAUCAUUAUCAUCAUCAUCAUCAUCAUUAUUAUACUCAGAGUAAGUAAAGGGACCCCUGACCAUUAGGUCCAGUCGUGGCCGACUCUGGGGUUGCGGCGCUCAUCUCGCUUUAUUGGCCGAGGGAGCUGGCAUACAACUUCCGAGUCAUGUGGCCAGCAUGACUAAGCCACUUCUGGCGAACCAGAGCAGCGCACGGAAACGCCGUUUACCUUCCCGCUGGAGCGGUACCUAUUUAUCUACUUGCACUUUGAGGUGCUUUUGAACUGCUAGGUUGGCAGGAGCAGGGACCGAGCAACGGGAGCUCACCCCAUCACGGGGAUUCAAACCGCCGACCUUCUGAUCGGCAAGUCCUAGGCUCUGUGGUUUAACCCACAGCGCCACCUGCGUCCCCAUACUCAGAGUAGAAUCACUGAAAUCAAUGAACACAACUUGAGGACUCCUCCAGACAACAUAUUUAUUGCUCGUUCCCCUGUUCCAGCAGAGCUUUUCUAAUGAAAUUCUUCUUUACACAACUGAUCUGGGGAACUUGCUGCGACAAGAAGUGGUGAUGGCUGCUGUCUCAGGUGGCUUUAAAAGGGUCCCAUAAGGGAAAGAUGAGAAGAGGCCAGCCACUGGGUAUUAGUCAUGACAUUAGUGGGGCUUCCAUGUUUAGAGGCAGUCUACCUCUGCAGGGAUGUGGGUGGCACUGUGGGUUAAACCACAGAGCCUAGGACUUGCUGAUCAGAAGGUCGGUGGUUCGAAUCCCCGCGACGGGGUGAGCUCCUGUUGCUCGGUCCCUGCUCCUGCCAACCUAGCAGUUCGAAAGCACGUCAAAGUGCAAGUAGAUAAAUAGGUACCACUCUGGCGGGAAGGUAAACGGCGUUUCCGUGCGCUGCUCUGGUUCGCCAGAAGCGGCUUAGUCAUGCUGGCCACAUGACCCGGAAGCUGUAUGCCGGCUCCCUUGGCCAAUAAAGUGAGAUGAGCGCCGCAACCCCAGAAUCGGCCACGACUGGGCCUAAUGGUCAGGGGUCCCUUUACCUUUACCUCACCUCUGAACAGCAGUUGGUGGGGAGCAGCAGCAGAAGAGAUGGGUUGUGUUGACCACUGUGGGAAGCCAGAAGUUGGACAAGAUGGACCUUCCAUCAGAUCCAACGGGGCCCUUCUGGCAUAGCUGUCAACUUUCCCCUUUUCUUGCGAGGAAUCCUAUACGGAAUAAGGGAAUUUCCCUUAAAGAAAGGGAGACGUUGACAGCUAUGCCUUCUGGUCUUCUUACGCAUGCAUGCUUCUUCCAGAUCCUGUCGCGGUACGACAUCGCCUUGGUGCAAGAAGUGCGGGAUGCCGACCUAAGUGCCGUUAGUGAAUUGCUGGAGCGGCUCAACAGGUAACACCGCCCUAAGUCUUUGCAGGCAAGUUGGCAGAGCAUGGGAGCUCUUCAUCUCAUGGCUGUGGGUUCGAGUCACGCCUUGGGCAAGAUUCCUGCGUUGCAGGGGGUUGGAUUCCAUGAAGACUUUGGGCAGGAUGGGAGAGAGAGAAGGCACCGAUGGAUUGUUUCUCAACGGGAGGAGAAGGCAAAGCGAAUUAGGGAGAGUGAGCCCGGGGACCAGUUUCCUUUCUCAGGAAAUAUAUGCAGAACAGCCAAGCCAUGCAAUGUCGGUGCUGUUAGGCUUUAAAAAAAUAAGCAGCAGGCAAGAGGAUAGAACCUCCAGGGUCAGAUGUAGAGGGACACUGAAAGUCAGUGUCUGGAGAACAGCAGCAGGAGAGCCCUGCAGCCUCCUUCCCUUCCGAUGGGCUUCCUGGAGGUGCUUGGUUGGCCACUGUGGGGUUCAUAGAGUCAUCUAGUCCAACCCCCUUUGAUGCAGGAAUCUCAGUUAAAGCAUCCAUGACAGGUGGCCAUCCAAGCUCUGCUUAAAAAGGAAGGAGAAUCUACCACCUCCCGAGAGUGUUAGGAUAUAGUUCUGUUCUACCUUAAAAGGGAACAGGCAUAACUAUUGUGUGUCACGUGCCUGUUUACUUCCAGCGCAGGCUUGCUGGGAACUUCAAUUUGUAUAUUGCUUUUGCAUUACUCCUGUUUGCUGGACACGAAGGGAAGCAGACAUGUUUUUUCCUUUGUUCCUGAUCUAUGCUGAAUAAACGCUUGUAAAUAAUGCUUACACAUGUCUCUGUCCACCACUUCUGUUGUGAGAAGAUUUAUUCACUCUGCUGAUAGAGCGUGCCAAGUCUCUAAAGGUAUCUGAGGCUUGUGUUGCUGUUUGAUGCUUUUCCAAGGGAGACCGGUGAUCACUCGGCUGCCGGCCGGUGGCUGGAGCCAGCUGGGGGCCUGCCUGAUGCCCCCGUCUCCUGGGCAGUAUCCCAACAGAGAGAACCCGUUCCACUGUCAAACAACUCUUACCAUCAGAAACUUCUUCCUGAUGUUUAGUCGGGAACAGGAGGUUGGAUGAGGCGGGCCCCUGACCCGAUCCAGGAAGUGCUCUUGCUACGAGAUUCACGCAGUGUGCAGGCCAGCUAUUCUUCAAGAGGCCUACAGGUGUUCCUACCUGGGCUGCCAUUGCUUAGGAUGUGACAGCUGGAUGGGAAAGGGUUUGGCAGGUGAUGUGGGGAGGGGCGUCUGCCUUGUUUUACAAGCCAACUCUGUUGAACUAAUUCAGAGUCCUUAAACUGCUGCUCUGCACACGUCUUUCUCUGCCUUUCCUUGAUUUUCCCUCUCCCUCUUCUUGCUCCACAGUGCCUCUAAGCACAACUACGCCUACGAAAUCAGCGAGUCGCUGGGACGGGAGAACUACAGGGAAAUGUACCUCUUCCUCUACAGGUACCGGAUCAAAUCAGUGCUUUGUGGACAAGUACAUUCCUACAUUUCAAAUUGUACUCUCCCACUCACAUUUUCUCAUCCGGGUACAUCCAUCUUCAGAACUGCAAAAAAAGCAACAUUAUUAUUAUUUUUAUUGACUGAUUGAUUGAUUGAUUGAUUGAAUGAAUGAAUGAAUUUAUAUACCGCCCUAUACCCAGGGGUCUCAGGCCAGUUCACAGAAUAAAAUCAAAACAUAAAACCACAAAAUACAGUGGCACCUCGGCCUAUGAACUUAAUUUGUUCUGGAAGUCCAUUCUUAAACCAAAGCAUUCUUAAACCGAGGUGCGCUUUCCCUACUGAGGCCUCCCGCCACCGGUGCCCUUCCACCUACUUCUGGUUUUGCAGUUGGUUGCCCGAAUCGUUUAUUAACAUGACUGUUCGUUGACCAAGGUACCACUGUACAUAAUAAGAAUAAAAACAACUCAAUAGCUGCCCCGCCCCCCAAAGAAACACAUUUUAAAAGGGCAUAGGAUGUAAAUCAGAUCAACCAAAGGCCCAGCUAAAAAAACGUUUUUGCCUGGAGCGUAAAGAUGCAUAAUGAAGGCGCCAGGCAGACUUCCCGGGGAGAGCAUUCCACAGACGGGGAGCCACUGCAGAGAAGGCCCCGUUCUCAUGUUGCCACCCUCCGGACCUCUCGAGGAGGAGGCACACGAAGAAGGGCCUCAGAAGAUUAUCUCAGGGGCCAGGUAGGUUCAUAUGGAAGGAGUCGGUCCUUGAGGUAUUGGGGUCCUGAGCUGUUUAGGCACUCAGAGCAUAAAGAAACAGCAGUUACAAACACAAGCAUGGGGUAGACAAUCCCUGGAUAAUCUCCUCCUCUAUACAUCAGGCAUAUAGAGGACCACAGUUCCAUUUGCAGAUUGUGUUUGCUGGAUAGGGUUCACAAUAGGGGGCUUUAUCGACAAUGGGAUGCAGUCCCUUUCCCAGCUUACCUGGUAAUCCGACUGGAGUGUGUCUGCAUUGUUCCUUUGCUGACUCCGUCCCCCUCUGCUUUCUAUCCAGGACAAAGAGCGUCUCUGUUGUGGACAAGUACCAGUACUCAGAUAAAAACAAUGCCUUCAGCAGACCGCCUUUUAUUGUCAAGUUCUCGGCUCUCAACGCCAGUGAGUAAAACAGAAGGGAUCCCCCAAACACAGACACACCCAUUUACUUCAUAGGCCCAUAGCCCAAACUCCAUGUGAGGCUAAGGCUGGACAUUUGUAGCUUGGGAGCUCAAGGGGCUGGAGGUUGGCUUACAACUCAGGUGGGCAAACGAGAUCGGGAACAGAAGGUCCGAAUGGAUGCUCCAGGCAGGCAGAAUGGGAAAGGAGCAAAGUGAGGUUCAUCACCAGUACAAAAAAGAGUAGCGUCUCCACCCCCAUAGCUCAGCCCAGACCCUGAGGUCCAGCUCCAAGGGUCUUCUGGCAGUUCCCUCACUGUGAGGUUACAGGGAACCAGGCAGAGGGCCUUCUCGGUAGUGGCGCCCUCCCUGUGGAACGCCCUCCCAUCAGAUGUCAAGGAAAUAAACAUCUGUCUGACUUUUAGAAGACAUCUGAAGUCAGCCCUGUUUAGGGGCGUUUCUAGCGUGUGGUGUUUUAUUGUGUUUUUAAUAUUUUGUUGCAAGCUGACCAGAGCAGCUGCGGCAACUCAGUCAGACAGGCAGCAUACAAAUAAUAAAUGAUGAUGAUGGGAUAGCAAGGGGUUCCAGACUGGCAAAUCCUGCCCCUCUAGAAAAGCCUUGGAAGUCAGUGGUCUUGCCUAUGUGCCCUUGGAGCAGUGGCGUACAGUGAUGGGGGAGGGGGCUACAUCAUGCGCAUGACAUCACAAGUCACACAUGCAUCACACCUCCCUCCCUAAGCUGGGCAGAAGCUUCCUGGGCUUUGGGAAGAGGGUGACAAGGGAAAAUUUAGGGGACUAGUCUAGUUCCCCUAGUCCACUGACCACAUGCCACUGCUCUGGGGAACAUUCCUGGCACCUAAGUCCCGCAAGGGAAUGAAAGGGCUCCCUGUGCUAAUCCUGCUUCUUUUGCAGAAGACGACGAGCUGGUCCUGAUUCCCCUCCACACAGCUCCAAAUGACGCCGUGGCAGAGAUUGAUGCCCUCUACGACGUCUACUUGAAGAUCAUUGACAAGUGGGGGACGGAUGUACGUGCUUUUGUUAACAGUUAAGAUGCUUUUUGUUGAAUGCUUUCUGAAAAGAAGGACUUGUGGCCACAGGUUGAACCACCCUGGUCUGGGGUUUCAGAUGGGAUACAUUCCCAGCUCUGUUUUGGAGAUGCGGCCUCAGUCCAGUAUACCUGAAGGAGCGUCUCCACCCCCAUCGUUCUGCCUGGACACUGAGGUCCAGCUCCGAGGGCCUUCUGGCGGUUCCCUCACUGCGAGAAGCCAAGUUACAGGGAACCAGGCAGAGGGCCUUCUCGGUAGUGGCACUCGCCCUGUGGAACACCCUCCCACCAGAUGUCAAAGAGAAAAACAACUACCAGACUUUUAGAAGACUUCUGAAGGCAGCCCUCUUUAGGGAAGCUUUUAAUGUUUAAUAUGUUAUUGCAUUUUAAUAUUCUGUUGGAAGCCGCCCAGAGUGGCUGGGGGUACCCAGCCAGAUGGGCGGGGUAUAAAUAAUAAUAAUAAUAAUAAUAAUAAUAAUAAUAAUAAUGCCAGGGAUUGAAUCAAGGACCUCUGCAAAGCAGAUGCUCUACCCCUGAGCCAAGCCCCUUGAGCAGGAUGUUCUGUUCCACCCAUCCCACAAUUUGCUGACCACUGUUGGAGACAGGACAUUAGACCCGCCUUCAGAAUAUAAGAAGGCCCCUGCUGGAUCAGGCCAAUGGCCCACCUAGCCAGAGCUCUGUUCCCACAGUUGCCCACCAGAUGCUUGUGGGGAAGCCUACGGUCAGGAUCCGAGUGCAACCGUGCUCUCUCCCCACCUGCAAUUCCCAUCAGCAAAUCUUCUUCCCUUUGUAGAACAUGAUGUUCCUGGGAGACUUCAACGCUGACUGCAGUUACGUGGGAAAGAACGCCUGGUCCUCCAUCCGCCUGCGCACCAGCGAGGUUUUCAAGUGGCUCAUCCCAGACUCUGUAGACACCACCGUGGGCAACUCCAACUGCGCCUAUGACAGGUGAGGUUGGCGAAGCUGCCAAGUAGUGAUAGAUCUUUAGACCCCAGUAGGGCUCCUGACCAUCAGGGACGCGGGUGGCGCUGUGGGUUAAACCACAGAGCCUAGAGCUUGCCAAUCAGAAGGUCGGUGGUUCGAAUCCCUGCGACGGGGGGAGCCCCCGUUGUUUGGUCCCUGCUCCUGCCAACCUAGCAGUUUGAAAGCACGAAGUGCAAGUAGUUAAAUAGGUACCACUCCGGGGAGAAGGUAAACGGCGUUUCCAUGCACUGCUCUGGUUCGCCAGAAGCGGCUUAGUCAUGCUGGCCACAUGACCCGGAACCUGUACCCCGGCUCCCUCGGCCAAUAAAGCGAGAUGAACGCCGCAACCCCAGAGUCAUCUGUGACUGGACCUAAUGGUCAUGGGUCCCUUUACUUUUACAGCUCUUGACCAAGAGCCACAACUGGCCCACUGAGGCUUCUCAGCUGCCACAACAAGCCACCUCUCCUCUUUCUGCUCCUCCUCCUCCUCCUUUCCCACUCUUGGAAGGACACUCAGCAUCAAAAGUCGUCAGAUGAUCUCAGAGCAAGGGAUCCAGGGCAGCCUCAGCUCCCCCCCCAAAAAAACAGGAGAGGACCACUCCAUUUCUUUCCUUUUUGCGUCUAGGAUUGUCGUGAGCGGUUCAAAGCUGAGGAAGUGGAUCGAUCCCAAGUCGGCCCAAGUGUUUGACUUCCAGAGCGCCUUCAAGCUGAGCCAAGAGGAGGUAAAUCACAUUCAGUGUUUAAGCCCUUGGUUCAAACAGGGUUUCCUGGGGCUUGCAGUGCAUGGUGGGAAAACAAUGUGUUCUGGCUUUGGCGACAAGAGAUGCUCUGAGCUUCCCUGUUGUUCUCUCCUCCCGUCCAGGCUCUGGCCAUUAGCGACCAUUUCCCGGUGGAAGUGACACUGAAAUCUCGCUGAAGCUCCGUGCGACCUCGCAGCCUUGCUUUGACACCCCGUGCCGGAAAAGGGGUUUCGGCCACCCUUGGGUCUUCUCACCCCAGUUACAUGUUCACUCGCAGACGUACAAAGCUGUCUUGAUGGACCUGUGGUCUUUCCAGACCAGUAUUGCCUCUUCUGCUUGGUAGUGUCAGCCAGCAGAGGAAACAACCCCUAAGGCAGGUUGCCAGGAACGGAUCAGACAAGGAAAAGUGCUUACCAUCUGCUUUCAUUCAAUAUUUACAGAGAGAGGCUUGGAACACAGCCUCUCAGAAUAAUGGCGUUGUCCUGAGUGACUCUCCACCCCCUUUUCCCUCCCACUUCCUCAUUCAUCAUCUCUUCCAUGGGUUGUGCUGAGGGCCAUUUGCUUCCGAGCCCUUUGCUCUCCUACUUUCAAGGCUGUUCUGGGAGAAGGGGGUUCUGGAAUGCUUUCUUAAGACACUGCGUCCGUCAGCUGUUGCCCUCCUGGUGGUUCCUCUUCCUCCUCCUCCUCCUCCUCUCCCAUUAUUUCCCAGCUUUCCCCCUCAUCUGCCUCUGAGCUGUAACCUCCCUCAAACCCCAGUCUUCUUCUCUAGAAGGGUCAGGCUGGUCAUUUCUCCUCUGCCCAGUCCCUGACAGGUACUCUAGCUGCUUCCUGAGCUUAGGCAAAGGAGAGCCUCUUCCCUUGAGAUCUUUGUGGCUCACAGGUGGGAGAACCUGUGGCUCUCCUGAUGUUGCUAGACUCCCAGUGCCCACCAGCUCUUAGCCAGCAGAUUUGGAAGAUGAUAACUGGAGUCCAACAUUAUCUGCAGGUCCUCCAGGUCUUGUUUUUGCUAGAGUUGUUGCUGCCAGGGAUGGAACCUGGAACCUUCUGUUCUUCUGCAGACCAAUUGACUUAUGUGACAUUGUCCACCUGUGUUGUAUUCCACCUGAGCUGAGCUGGAGGGCACCAAAAGGCCUUCGAGAGAUUCAGUGGGUUGCAGUGAGAGGGAGAGGAAACCUGUGGGUCUCCAGACGUUGCUUAGGGGGACAGGGCUGUAGCUCAUCUGCUUUGCAUACAGAAGGUCUCAGGUUUGAUCCCUGGUGUCUCCAGGUCGGGCUGGGAGAACCUUCUUAGCUGAAAUCACAGAGAACUCCUAACAGCUGAUGCAGACCAUUCUGACCUAGAGAAGUACCUGCCUUAGUAGAAGGCAGAUUAUCGGUCGAUGUCCCUUGCUGGACUAUAGCUCCCCAUCACCUCUGACCACUGGCUAAGCAACAUUUGGCAGGCCACAGGCUACUCCCACUUAGCACACUGGAUUGGCGAGGCCAUUGAGCUCUGGAUGACUUUGGGACUAACCUACCUCAUGUGCUGGUUGUGAUAAAAGAGAGGAGGGAACCGUAAGUACACAAGGAGAGUCUGCUGGAUCAGACCAAUGGCCCCUCUCAUCUAGCAUCUUCUCCUCACUUUGGCCAACCAGAUGCCCCAAGCACGACCCGGGCACAAGAGCACUCUCCCCUCUUGUGGUUUCCAGCAACUGGUAUUCAGAUGUACUGCUGCCUCCAGCUGUGGAAGCAGAGAAUAUUCAUCAUGGCUACUAGCCACUGAUCAUCUCCUCCAUUAAUCUGUCCAAUUCUCUUUUAAAGCCGCCCAAGUUGAUGUCCAUCACUGCCUUCUGUGGGAGUUCCAUAGUUUAACUAUGUAUUAUGUGAAGAAGUACUUUGUUUUAACCACGCUGACCAUGGAUGCAUGAUAAUAAAUAAAAUAAACGAUGCCC